UCAUGCAUUCACAAUUGACAAGUUAUCCUCAAUGGAGUUCAAAGUGGUUCAUUUCGUUGCUAUUCUUUCUGUAGCAUUUGUGGCAAGUCAUGCAGCUGUAUCUUGUGAAGAUUAUUGGAGAUCUGUGUUGCCCAACACUCCCAUGCCUAAAUCCAUUAGUGAACUUCUUCGAUCUCCCGAAUGGAUGGAUGACAAAAGCACAGCUGUUGAUGUGGGAGAGGGCAAUGUAGGUGUCGAAACAGGCACUACUGGCGGCCCGGGCACUAAUGUACAAGUCGGAAAAGGUACUGGUGUUGGAGUCAGCACAGGGGCUCCCGGAGAUGAGACUGACGUUGGUGUUGGCAAAGGAGGCGUAGUAGUCAGAUCAGACCACAAAGGGAAGCCUGUUUAUGUCGGAGUCUCUCCAGGCUCGAAUCCAUUUAUUUACAACUAUGCUGCCUCUGCAGCUCAGCUUCAUGAUGAUCCCAAUGUAGCCCUCUUUUUCUUGGAAAAAGAUUUGCACCAGGGAGCCAACAUGGAACUGCAUUUUACCAGGCCAACUACUCAAACGCCUUUCUUGCCUCGAUAUGUUGCUGAUUCCAUUCCAUUCUCGUCCAACAAAGUACUAGAAAUUUUUGAGAAAUUUUCUGUAAAACAGAACACUCUGGAAUCAGAAGCAAUAAAGAAUACGCUCAAGGAAUGUGAAGCGCCAGGUAUUAAAGGCGAAGAGAAGUACUGUGCAACAUCACUGGAGAAUAUGAUUGACUUCACGGCUUCUAAAUUGGGGAAAAAAGUGAGUGCAGUGUCGACUGUUGUUGAGAAGGAAAGUGAAAUGCAGAGGUUUAGUAUUAUUGGAUCAAAGAAAUUGGGAGAAAAGGCUGUGAUCUGUCACAAGCAAAGCUAUCCAUAUGCUGUGUUUUAUUGCCACGAGACGAACAAUGUCAAGGCAUAUACAGUUUCACUUGUUGGAAAUGAUGGAACGAAGGCGAAAGCAGCAGCUAUUUGUCACACAGAUACUUCUUCGUGGAAUCCAAAACAUUUGGCGUUUCAGGUGCUCAAUGUUAAGCCUGGAAGUGUUCCUGUUUGCCAUUUUCUUCCCGAGGAUCAUGUCGUGUGGGUUCCAUAUUAAAUAUCCAUGCAGGAUUUCGUUAUAUGUGUUGUGUUAUAAGAUCUUCUGUUGAAUGGUUUACAGUCUUGAAGGAAUAAUAUGCCAGGCUGCCAGCUUCUGCUUGAUUAUGUAAAUCUUGUAUAGUACCAGCAUACCAUAUUGUUGGUGAAUCAUAUAAAAUGGUAUUGGACUAAGUGUGUUUUUGUGGAAA